ACGUGAUAUAUCCACACUGAUAGCAUGGUUUAUUUAUACCUCAAAUACCGGUGAAUGACAUUUUCCGAAAUUCUGGACAAGUAGUCGAUCACCGAAAUGAGCGAAAGCGCUACUCCAGCACCUGAGUCAGGUGGAUAUAGACGAAGAGACGGGGUCCUAGAAUGGGACGACUACUUUAUGGCCAUUGCCUUUUUGUCUGCUCAGCGCAGCAAAGACCCCGUUACGCAAGUUGGAGCGUGUAUCGUGAACGAGGAUAAGAGAAUAGUUGGUACCGGAUACAAUGGCAUGCCCAAUAGGUGUCCAGAUGAAAAGCUACCCUGGGGCAAAGGUGACAAAGACGUCCUCAAAAACAAAAAGCUUUACGUAUGCCAUGCUGAACUCAAUGCCGUGCUAAAUAAGAACUCUACGGACGUUAAGAACUGCACGAUCUACGUGUCUCUGUUCCCUUGCAACGAAUGCGCAAAGGUUAUUAUCCAGUCAGGCAUCAAGGAGAUCAAGUAUUACUCGGACAAGUACAAGGACCGUUCGGAUGUCAUAGCCUCCAAAAGCAUGUUGGAUAUGGCAGAAGUGCGAUACAGUCAGUGUCGACCAACCUUGGACACCAUUGAGAUAGAUUUUCCUGGGAUUGAAAAGAUGUCAGAGGGCGCUUAUAACGAGAGUCCAGGGGACACCCAAACUACUAGUUAAGGCAAACUGGAUGAUUGAGCAUGUAUAAGAAAUAUACAAUUCCAUAAACAAUUUACUCUGAAUUUACAAAGUUUGUAAUAACUUGUUUUUUUUAACACUGAUUGAUUUUGAAAAUAGAUUUCGACAUAUAAUUUAUAAUUGAUAAUUGCCUUGAUUCAUUUCAACCAUGGUAAAUGACGAUUAUGUUUGUUGUGAGUAAAAAUGGCGCUGCAUACCAAGGGAAUUCAAUACAUUUAGAAGAUUUUGUUUGAAAAAAUCAUAUCCCAUUAUUACUGUUACAGACACAAUAAGCUAACAUGCCAAUAAAUUGACGCCGUUUAAUAUAUUUUCAAAAUGACACGCACAUCUUAUUUAUUUCUUGUCUGUGAUACUGAUUUAUAAUAUUAUGGCAAUUGUACUGUAAAUGAACCGUUAUAGUGUAUGAUCAAUAAAUGAAAUAAAUUA